CCUGCUUCCGGUGUAAGGGGAGAAGUGUCUCACUCCUUUACUCCGACAAGGCCUGUCCACUCGCCGCGGGUAGCUUAGCGGGGUUUGGCCGUCAACCAUGGCCUUGUGAUUCCCACCGAAUCUCUCUAUUAACUUUGUUCGAGAACUUGGAGUCGGUCGUCGUAACGUGGCCGCUUCGCCACAGCCGCGGGUUUAAACGACCGGCCAGCUAGUUAGCACGCUAACGACGCAGCUAGCUUUAGCAGCGCUAAACUCGAGCCUGGUUUCUAUUUCAAGAUGUCAACAGCGGGGUUCAACUCCCAGAACGGGACGGGGACUGGGCAGGCGUACGCGAAUGGUCCAUCACAGAAUCCAGUUGCCCUCCAACAGCUUCCUGGAGUCAGCUAUGGCACGAGCCACCAAUCAGCCUACAAUCCAAUGCAGGCCAAAGCUCCCUCUGCCCCUGGCCCUGGACAGUAUCCCCCUGGACCCUAUCAGCCUGUCCCUCCAGUGAACUCCUAUCAGCCAGGCCCCCCUCCGACCUCCUACCCAUCUGCUGUAGGUCGUCCCCUGUUGUCUGCACCUCCAGUAGGAGGUCCCCCCUCUCGUACCCCUCCACAGUCGGCAAGCCCCAGUCCUGGACCCAGACUGCCGCCAGCACAGGCCACGCCGCCUCCUCCUGCCGUGUCUUCAGGUAGCUACCCCCAGCAGCCCGGGGCUCCAGCGUGGCCGACCUCCCCACCGAUCGGCCAGCCCCCUCCUCCCAUGAGCAUGCCUCCUCGAGGCCCCAUAGCCAAUCACGCGACUCCAGCUUCCAGCUUAGCAGGACCACCACCGCCGCCGUCAUCAGCAGCUUAUGGCUCCACAGCCCCUCCCCGUGUGUCCCACAGCGCCACCCAGCCCCCGGGCCCAGGGAUGCCCCCCACCUCUCUUCAUGGAUACACUCAAGCAGGUGUAGCUCCUCCACCAAUGAAUCCCAUGGCUCCCCACACAUACCAAGCAAACAGACCUGCCUAUGGCCCUCCGCCUACAGGCCCUCCACCCACAGGUCCUCCACCUACAGGCCCUCCGCCAAGCAUGCGGCCCACACCACCACCCACUGGACCCCCAAUGGGGAGUGCCACACCUCCACCACCCAAAGCAGAUGCUCAGUGUGGGGGGGCUGUGAACAGCACUCUCUCCCCCACUGAGCCCGACUGCCAGGAGGGGGAUAUUGAAUGUCCAGGAGCUUUGACUGGAAAUGGCCCCCAAGCAUCAAACAGCUAUAAUCACAUUGACAACAAACUCGCCGGUGGGACUCAGCCUGGACCUCCCGGACGGCACAUGGGCCACUACCCCUCCCUCCCCCCCGGGUACCAGAACGCCCCGUCUGCCAUGCACCCCGCUCAGCCUUACACUCAAGCACCUCAGCCGUACCCUCAGAUGCCCGGUGGCCCCGGCAUGGCCCAGCUGAGUCCGUCUCUAGCUGGCAUGAGCCUCCAGUCCAGCACCCCGGAGGCCCUGAGGGUGGUCAACCUGCUGCAGGAGAGGAACCUGCUGCCACCAACCCCAAUCCCAGCCCCGACACCCUGCCUCACCCAGGACCUGCAGAAGAUUAACUGCAGCCCGGAGGUUUUCCGUUGCACGCUGACCAGCAUCCCUCAGACUCAGUCUCUGCUCAACAAAGCGAAGCUGCCUCUGGGCCUCCUGCUCCACCCCUUCAAAGACCUCUCGCAACUUCCUGUGGUGACAUCCAGCACUAUUGUCCGGUGUCGCUCCUGCAGAACCUACAUCAACCCGUUUGUGUCUUUUCUGGACCAGAGGAGGUGGAAGUGCAACCUGUGCUACCGGGUCAAUGACGUUCCAGAGGAGUUUAUGUACAACCCAGUCAGCAGAUCAUAUGGAGAACCACAUAAAAGGCCCGAAGUUCAAAAUGCCACCAUUGAGUUCAUCGCUCCUUCAGAGUACAUGCUGAGGCCACCACAACCUGCCGUUUACCUUUUUGUUUUGGACGUUUCCCAUAAUGCAGUGGAGACGGGCUACCUGAAUGUCUUCUGUCAGUCACUACUGGACAACAUCAAUGCGCUUCCUGGAGAUUCACGCACAAAGGUGGGCUUCAUCACCUUCGACAGCACCAUCCAUUUCUACAACCUCCAGGAGGGGCUCUCCCAGCCUCAGAUGCUCAUCGUGUCCGACAUAGAAGAUAUCUUUUUACCAACACCAGACAGCCUUCUUGUAAACCUCAACGAAUGCAAAGAGCUGGUGCAGGACCUGCUGAAGAGCCUGCCCAGCCUGUUUCAGAAGACGAUGGAGACUCAGUCGGCGCUGGGCUCCGCUCUGCAAGCAGCCUUCAAGCUGUUGUCGCCCACAGGGGGGCGCAUGUCUGUUUUCCAGACCCAGCUGCCGAACCUCGGCGUUGGGGCGCUGCAGUCCAGAGAGGACCCCAACCAGCGGGCCGCUGCCAAGGAUGUCCAGCACCUGGCCCCGGCCACAGACUUCUACAAGAAGCUGGCUCUGGACUGCUCGGGCCAGCAGGUGGCCGUAGACCUGUUCCUGCUCAGCUCUCAGUACUGUGAUCUGGCCUCACUUGGCUGUAUAUCCAGGUAUUCUGCAGGGAGCGUUCACUACUACCCCUCCUACCACCACCAGCACAACCCUGCUCAGGUGGAGCGCUUCCAGAAGGAUCUCAAGAGAUAUCUAACCAGGAAGAUUGGCUUUGAGGCCGUCAUGAGGAUACGCUGCACCAAAGGUCUGUCCAUCCACACGUUCCACGGGAACUUCUUCGUGCGCUCCACAGACCUGUUGUCGCUGCCCAACGUCAACCCGGACGCCGGCUUCGCGGUCCAAAUGUCCAUCGAGGAAAACUUGGACGACAUGCAGGUCGUCUCUUUCCAAGCUGCCCUGCUUUACACAUCCAGCAAAGGCGAGAGGAGGAUCCGUGUGCACACGUUGUGUCUCCCUGUGGUCAAUUCUAUGUCGGAUAUCUUUGCCGGCGCUGAUGUCCAGGCCAUCUCAGGACUGCUGGCUUGUAUGGCUGUGGACCGUUCAGUGACGGCCAGUUUGAGUGACGCCAGAGAUGCGAUGACCAACGCCGCCAUCGACUCGCUGGCGUCGUACCGGCAGUCUGCGCUGACCAUCCAGCAGCCUGGCCUGCUGUCUCCAGCCUGCCUCAGACUCUUCCCACUCUACAUCCUCGCCCUCCUCAAACAGAAAGCCUUCAGGACAGGCACCAGCACCAGGCUGGACGACAGAGUGUUCGCCAUGUGCCAGCUGAAGUACCAGCCUCUCGCCUACGCCAUGCUGAUGAUCCAUCCCGCCCUGUAUCGAGUGGAUGACCUGACUGAUGAGGGAGCUCUGAACAUCAACGAGCGGACGAUCCCUCAGCCCAAACUGCUGCAGCUGUCGGUGGAGAAGCUCAGCAGGGAGGGAGCUUUCCUCAUGGACGCUGGAAUGGUGAUGUACUUGUGGAUCGGACGAAACUGCCACCCCAACUUCCUCACACAAGUGCUGGGAGUUCCCAGCUACGCUGCAGUGCCUGAUAAUCUGUAUCAGCUCCCAGAGCUGGACACCGCAGAGUCCCAGAGAACCAGAGCGUUUGUGGGCUGGCUGAGGGAUCAGAGGCCGUUUUUCCCCUCCCUGCAUGUCAUCAGGGACGAGAGCCAGCUGAAGCCCACCUUUAUGCAGAACAUGAUCGAAGACCGGACGGAGUCGGCGCUCUCCUACUACGAGUUCCUCCUCCACCUCCAGCAGAAGAUUUCCAAAUAACCCCGCGUGGGAUGCGAGAGGACACUGAAGCACGGACACGCGGUGUGAAUGUGUACAUGACGUGAGCGCGCACUCGAGGAUGCUUGUUGCUCCGCCUCGGCUGCCUGUCCAGGUCCACCAUAUCUGUGAGGGAAACCCGAGCUGAAUCAGAUCAUGUGGCUGAAGAAGCGAGGAUUCCUCAAACGGUAGAUUCUGUUCCCCCAUUUGGCACUUUUUGCUCGCCUCAAGCGACACGUCGGAAGGAAAGAAAAAUCGAAAUCUGCAAUGAUUGAAUGAAUCAGUGUUUAUUCUCAUAGAACAAUGCUGUCUAAGUGAGGUAUCGUUCAGAUACGGCGCAGGCAAGGAGAAGUGUGAAGUGUUUUUUGUUGAAAAAGCACUGUGGUCUUUACUAAUACAAGUCAGAUGUAUGUGUGGUUCAUGAGGAAGGUUUGUGCUUCGAGACUGUUUUUUUUUUUUUUGGGCGUCACCUGGAGUAUUUGUAUACGCAACACCUGAGAUCUAACACUCUAAUGUACCUGAAGGACAGCGUGCUUUUUAUCUGAUCGUCUUUAUAUUUGUGUGAUGAACAAAGCCGUAGACUCUGUCGUUCGGGGUUUUUACCGAUGUCGGAAAGUCGGCCGGCCUCGCCGCUCCAGCUGCCGUGAAUGUGCAGAUCUGGCAGUGAGAAGCCGUUCGGUCGAUCUGGUCUGUCCUUCAGAGACUCUGCUAUCCUCUCUCUCUCUCUGGACACCUCUGACAACAUCCCUGUUCAGUCUGUUUCCUUUUUUUUCCCUAUAAUUGUUUAAUUUAUGAGACUCCCAACCUGAUUAAAUUCUAUAAUUGCCUUGUAUGGGAACUCACUUUUUAUUAUUAAACCUCUGUUUAAAUACAGACUCUAUAUAUGGAAUAUUUUAAUAUAAUAGGAUAUGGGAAAUUCUUUAACACAGACAUAACAAAGCCAUUGUGAUCUUUUAAUCAUGCUUAUUGAUACUUGUAUAUUGAACAGACUGCAUUAUAUAAAGGUAAAGAAUUGCUGAUGAUUUUAGUAUAUAAACUAAGGUGAAAUGAUGCUCAGAAAAUAAAAUGUUUGGGACUUUUUCAAUGUU